CAGUCUUGUGCCCCCUGCAGCAGGCUCCAAACAAGCAGCAGGAUAAGACUUCCUCAUCAAAACACUGCUAUUCCUGGAUUUCGGCACUGGGGAAACCAAUCUAUGCACCAAAAAUGUCUAAAGCUGGAACCAAGAUUACUUUCUUUGAAGACAAAAACUUUCAAGGCCGCCACUAUGACAGCGAUUGCGACUGUGCGGAUUUCCACAUGUACUUGAGUCGCUGCAACUCCAUUAGAGUGGAAGGAGGCACCUGGGCUGUGUAUGAAAGGCCCAACUUUGCUGGGUACAUGUACGUCCUACCCCGGGGCGAGUACUCUGAGUACCAGCACUGGAUGGGCCUCAAUGACCGCCUCAGCUCCUGCAGGGCUGUCCACCUGUCUAGUGGAGGCCAGUAUAAGAUUCAGAUCUUUGAGAAAGGGGAUUUUAAUGGUCAGAUGUAUGAAACCACUGAAGAUUGCCCUUCCAUCAUGGAGCAGUUUCACAUGCGAGAGGUCCACUCCUGUAAGGUGCUGGAGGGUGCGUGGGUCUUCUACGAGCUGCCCAACUACCGUGGCAGGCAGUACCUCCUGGACAAGAAGGAGUACCGGAAGCCCAUCGACUGGGGCGCAGCUUCCCCAGCUAUCCAGUCUUUCCGCCGCAUUGUGGAGUGAUGACACGGAUGCAGCCAUAAGCUUCUUCCUGGGGCCAAAUGCUGGCUGGCCUUGUCGUCCAAAUAAGCGUCAUAAAUAAAAACAAUUGGCAUGCAUUCUACUGUUUACUAUAAUGCCUCUCCUU